AUGCAAGAGAACAAUGUGAACCAGCCUACAUCAUUGUCUCAGCUCUUGAGAGAGAACUACUUGGCCGAAGCGCGGGCGCACCAGAGACACAGCGACAUGAGCCGUUCCAACUCCUCGCGGCACCUGGUCUACGCUCCCCUCAAAGGCAAGGCGGAGGACUCCGCGGGGCAGGACAAGCCCCAACACCAGUUCCCAGACCUCUCAGCCUUCCUGAGCCAGGAAGAACUGGAUAAGAGUGUCAACCUGGCCUGUCAGGCUAUCGGACACGAGGCCCGUGAGAAGAAGACAGAGUUCAAGGCCCCGGUUGCCCCUUCUGUCACCUCCACUGCAUCCAACACUCCCGACACCCAGCCUGACCUGGAACUUAAAGAACCCCUACCAACACACGCAACAUUUUUCCCAGCAGAGAGACGGUCAUUCUCACCUCUGUCCAUACAGGACAAUGUGAUAAGGAUAGACAAACAGAUAUAUCAGCCAUCCCAACUGUCCAUUCAGGACAACGCAAUAAGGACCGACAGACAGAAAUAUCCACUGUCCCAACCAUCCAUCCAGGACAACGACAUGAGGACAGACAGAGAGUUGUACCCACCGUCCAUCCAGGACAAUGGAAUGAGGACAGACAGACAGACGUUCCCACCGUCCAUCAUCCAGGACAUUACAAUGAAGAACAACUGGGUGACCAGGGAGGCCUUUGAGGACUUUAAGAGGCCAGGGGCUAGGGGGGUGAACACUCCAGCGUACGGCCUGGGGACCCAGUCCAAGAAGGAGUUCCUCAACAAGGCAGCAGACUUCAUCGAGGAGCUCUCCUCUCUGUUCAAGGCUAACAGCUCCAAAAGGAUACGGCCCAGAUCAUGCAAAACUCAUAGGAGCAGAUCAAACAAGGGUCAAGUGGAUGGGAGCAUUUACUCCCUGAAUGCAGACGACAGGGAACGAACCAUUCUUCUCCAAGACUUCGAAAUGGAGAUGGAGAGGACUACUGAGGAGCAGUAUGAUGACUCUGGGGUGCUGGAGGCGGAUGGGGUGGAUAAGGCUGAAAGCCCUGCCCUGGUGGAGGUCACCCCCGGGGUGUACACAGCCGACCCCAUCUGUGAGCCCCCUCACUUCAUCCAAAAACUUAAAAGCAGGGAGGUGCUGGAGGGCAGCAAGGUACAGCUGGACUGCAUUGUUCGAGGACUCCCCAUGCCCGAAGUCCGGUGGUUUUGUGAGGGGAAGGAGCUGGAGAACUGCCCUGACAUUCAGAUCAUCAACAACGGCGAGUUGCACUCUCUGAUCAUUGCCGAGGCAUUCGAGGAAGACACAGGGCGGUACUCUUUCUUUGCAUCCAACUUCUACGGCACAGACUCUACGUCUGCCGAAAUCUACGUCGAAGGUGCCUCCUCUACAGAUUCGGAGGAGGAACAACAUUUUGAACUUGCCCAACUACAGAGGACCCGAGCUCAGCCGGGUGCCCCAUCUUUACCUCCAGUUGUCAGUGUUGUGUCUCUGUGUGAGGAUGACACAACCAUCUGCACUGAAGAACAGCCACAGGAGGCCACCUCACUGCCUUCUAGCCAGGUAGUCACUGCACCUGUACCUGUCCAGGUAGCUACUAAUGUCCUUCCUGUUAUGGAGGUGACAACAGCACCAUCCACCCAGGUGGCGUUUACAUUGGUCCCUGCCCAGGAGAUGUCAGCACCGUUACCUGUCCAGGUAGUUUCUACUCUAGAUCUACCACCUGUGGAGACGGCGUCAGUACUGGCGCAGGAGGUGUCAACACUGUCACUGCCAACACCGUCACAUGUCCCAGUGACGUCCACACCAUUACCGACACAGACAGUCUCUACCACGGCACUACCGCUGACCCAUGUAGUCUCCUCUACACUGCCUGCCCAUGUUGCUGCCAUACAGACGACUCUAGCUGAGAACCUAAAUGGAGACAGCUAUACUCUAAGUCCAGACAUCUAUCCUCGAGGUCUAGACGGGAGGCCUAUCAUGGCUGCCCCUGUUUUCACAAAGAGUCUGCAGGACCUGUUGGCAUCGGAGAGCGAGCUGGUGGUGCUAGAGUGCCGUGUUAAAGGAGUGCCCUCCCUCAAGGUGGACUGGUACAGAGAAGGAACUGUCAUAGAGGACUCCCCUGACUUCAGGAUCCUGCAGAAGAAGCCUCGAUCCAUGGAUGAAUCAGAUGAAAUAUGCACUUUGGUCAUUGCUGAAGUCUUCCCUGAAGAUUCUGGAACAUUCACUUGCACUGCAAGCAACAAAUAUGGAACUGUGUCCAGUAUUGCUGCACUAAGGGUGAAAGGAAAUGAAAACAACAACAACAACCACGUGAAAACUCUCGUAGGCACUUUAACAAUGGAGUCCACACAAGUCCCAGAGCCGCCUUCAUCAGAUCUCACUCUGCCCAGUCUAAAGCCUCAAGCUGAGGCUCUUCUCACCAACAGCAUCAAGCCUCACUCCAGCACCAUCCGCCUGGAUCCCUUCAGCUCCAGCAAUUUACAACUGGAACCUCUGAGCACCAGUACCCUCCGUCUAGACCCUCUGAGCUCCAGCAUGCUGCGCCAGGUGCCUAUCAGCCCCAGCAUGCCCAGCCUGGACCCACUAAGCCUGGGCAGCAGCCUCCGUAUAGGCACCCGUAGCUCCAACAUAUCUCAUCUGGACCCACUCUACCUGAGCACCCCUCACCCAGACCUGCCUACUAGCUCCAGCGUGCUAUGCCCGGAGCCCCAGAACAGUGGUGAGAUGCCCAAGACUGACCAUGAAUACUCCAGAGCCUUUUCAGUGUUACCUGACCCUCCCGUUGGUCUUUGGCCUAAGGUGGAAGGGACUCCUAUCCAUAAACCUGAGCCCCCUCCCCAUGUAAACCUCCCUGAUCCCCCCAACUCCUCCUGCCUUAAGCCUGGGGUUCUGGUUAACCACAACGGGCCCAGGUCCAGCUCCAGGGCAGGCCUCCGUGUGCACUUCAAACUGCCUGAGGAUGAAACGGAAAACCAGAGUGAAUUGGCCAAUAAGGAACCACCUCCAGUACUGGCCAAGCCCAAACUAGACCCUGUCCAGCUGCAGCUUCUGCACAACCAGGUGCUUAUGGAGCAGCAGCAGACUGAGACUGAGCCAACCGGAUCCACCAAGAGCCAACCGGAGGCAUCUGCCUGGCCAGCCCAGACACACCACGAGUCCCAGGCACAGACCCAAGCCCAGCCUCAGUCAAACCUGCCCCAUUCAUCUACCCCCAUGCUCCUGCAGACCACCCACGCCGCACCCAUACUGACCACAGCCUCAACACCCUUUCUCAACUCCGCCCCUGUGACAAGAUUGAACACUACCCCUACACCCCAGCUAAACACUAGUCCCCCUGCCCACCUGCUAAACAUUGCCUCUGCACCACUACUGAACCCAUACACUACCCAUUCCUAUUCUACUGCUUCACCCCUGCUAAACACAAGCCCUGCACCCCCAAAGAACACUACCUCUGCAACGCUACUGAACACAGCCCCUCCUGCACCCGUUAUGGGUACCCUGCCGUCCCUUCCUCAACUGAAGACAGCUCCUUCUUGUAUGAGCUCCCCUCCAACUGCCUCUCUGCUGAGAACUGUUCCUGCACCACACCUGUACACCAGCCCUGCAUCCCCACCCUAUAUGACCCAGCAAAACACCACCCAUUCUUCCCAGCUGAAUUUAGCCCACUCAUCCCUGCCUAAAGCCAUUCACGUACCCAAGUUUAGCACACCUCCCACACCUCAUCUGAAUACAGCCCCCACAGGGUCUCUCAGCUCCAUCCCUGCAGCUUUCAACAAGGCCCCCACAACCAUGCAGAACACCUCCCCCUCUCCCCUGCUCAGAACAACCCACGCCUCCCUCCUCAACCUGGCUCCUACGUCACAGAGCUUCAACCAUGCUAGGCCAAAGGAGUUCAUCACUGCCCAGACUGCCCUCUCUCCAUUUAGGAGUCCCUCUCCUACAGAGUCCCCUGUUCCGUUGCUCCACAAGCUGGCUGCCGAGCUCAACUCCUCCAACCCCAACCAGUUCUCUCCGCAACCCAGAGUCUUACCCACCAGAGUCCUCAAGUCACCCACCAGCCCCCCUUCCUUCAUGUCCUCCCCCACCUCCCCGACCCUGUUGCCUGCUGCCUACCUAAACUCUGUGUCCGCCCUGCCACAGCAGUCACCCCCGCAGGCAGGUUCCCCGACCUCCAGUACCUCCAGCCCCAUCCAGAACCAUGUGGCCUUCCUCAGCUCUAUCCUGCCCUCUCUACACACCACACAAGCCACCAACUCUAUGGGACUGCCCAGGAGUGCUCAUGGGCCACCUCAAGGCAUACGGAAGAAGUUGCCUACAAGCACUCGUCCUAUUUUAGAUGAUGACAUUCGUAGCAGCCAACAAACUCUCCUCCACGAUAUUGAGAAAAGGCUUAGGUUCAAUGAAGAUUUAAUGUGUGGUCAUGUACAACAGAAGCCGACUACUUAUGAGGGGAAAACAGCGAGCAGACACCUCGGACCAAACAUUCCCGCCACUGUCUUUAACUAUGACGAGGAGUACAAAGUGUCCAACUUUGAGCAGAGGCUGAUGAGUGAGAUAGAGUUCCGUCUGGAGCGCACGCCAGUCGAGGAGUCAGAUGACGAGGUACAACACGAUGAGAUCCCAACAGGGAAGUGCAUCGCUCCCAUGUUUGACAAAAAACUGAAGAACUUCAGGGCCAUGGAGGGUGUGCCUAUGACGUUCUCCUGUAAAGUGGUGGGGAUCCCUGUACCUAAGGUUUACUGGUUUAAGGAUGGCAAGCAUAUCUUGAGAAACAAUUAUCAUUAUAAGAAGAUAAGAGAGGGGGACGGAACCUGUGCCCUACACAAAGAGGUCACCAAUAACGACGAUGAUGGCAACUACACUGUCCUGGCAGCUAACCCCCAGGGACAAAUCAGCUGCUCCGGUCAUUUGAUCAUCCAAACAGGUCCUCUCCGAAACCGAAUGACACCUAUGAUUCACUCUCAGAGGGUGCGGGCCCGCAUACAGGAAGUGAAAGAGGGUGAACCAACCCAGGAACGCUUCUUCCAACCUCACUUCCUCCAGGCUCCAGGGGACAUGGUGGCUCACGAGGGCAGAGUUUGUAGAUUAGACUGCAAGGUUAGUGGCCUUCCAAACCCAGAGCUGAUGUGGCUGAUCAACGGGAGGCCCAUCUACCCAAACUUCUCCCACCGGAUGCUGGUGAGGGAGAAUGGAAUCCAUUCCCUUGUCAUAGACCCUCUAAAACAGGACGACGCCGGGACAUACACUUGCAUUGCCAGCAACAAGGCAGGACAGAGCUCCUUCGGUCUAGAGUUAAGAGUUGUGGAAAAAGAGAUGAAGCAAGUCCCCCAGUUUGUGGAGAAGCUCCAGAACACAGGCAUCGCAGAGGGCACCCCCGUCCGACUGGAGUGCAGGGUACUGGGCAUGCCUCCACCUGUUAUCUACUGGAAGAAAGACAAUGACACCAUUCCUCACACCAAGGCCAGAGUCAGCUUAAACCAGGAUGCCACUGUAUAUGUUUGCCUCCUGAUUCAGCCAACCAGGAAAGAGGAUGCUGGCCUCCCGGAGGAUGCUGGCUGGUACACCGUAUCAGCAAAGAAUGACGCGGGAAUUGUUUCAUGCACAGCGAGACUAGACAUCUAUGCCCAGUGGCAUCAACAUGUCCCUCUGCCUAUGAAGAAGGCUCCGCGGUAA